GAGCAACAAUUACUGGAACAGAUUACUGAAGAAGCGAAUGAAACAAGGAAUAGAGAGAUGAAUGAAAUAGUGAACAUGGAUAAAGAGGUGGAUAACAUGGUGGACGAAAGGGCGAAUAAAGAGGUAGAUGAAGUGAUGGAUGAAAGAGUGAACGAAUUGAUAGAUGAAAUGGUAAAUAUAGAGUAUGAAGUAGUAGAUGAGGAUAUGCAUGGGACAAUAAAUGAAGAGAUGGAUAGAAUGAUAAAUGAAAUGGCGAAUGAAGUGGUGGGUGAAAUAAUGAUGAAUGAAACAGUAGAUAUAAGGACGAAUGAAAAAGAAAAUAUGACAACAAAUGUAAAUAUUUAG